AUGGCACGCCAUCACGAGCACCCGCCCGCUUACGGCGGCCGCUGCUCAUGGCUAUUCGGCUGGGUCUCGCCGAUGGUCGCCACCGGCUAUUCGCGGCAGCUGCAGGACUCGGACUUGCCGCCGCCCCCGCCGGGCGCGUCGCCCGCGGAGUGCGGGGACGCGCUGUGGCGUCAAUGGGUCAAGGAACUCUCCCACGCCGCGCCAGACGCGCCGCGCUUCGGCGCCGCCCCCGCGCCGCGCCCCCGGCGCCGCCCCUCCCUCCUCCGCGCCCUCGCGGCCGCCUACGGCUCCGCCUAUUUUCCGCUGGCCCUCCUCAAAGCCCUAAACGAUGGCCUCAUGCUGCUCAUGCCGCUGCUGCUGAAGCAGCUAGUGCAGCAGAUCGACUCCGCGGCGCCCCCCAGCGACCCGCCACCGAGCCCCCCCACGGGCGCGGCCGCGGCUGCGGCUGCUGUGUUUUUGGGGCCGAACGCAGGCUAUGUUUGGGCGGGGCUGCUAGGGCUGGCGGCGGCGGCCAAGGCGGUGCUGGGGGCGCAUUAUGAAUACCGGAUGAAUGUCGUUUCGAACAGGCUGCGUGCGGGCCUGAUGGCCUGCCUGCACACCCAGGCCCUCCUCACCCGCGCCGCCGACGCCGCCGGCGGCGCCGACGCGGCGACGCUGAUGGGCGUGGACGCGGGGCGCGUGGUCAACCUGGUGCCCAGCUUCCAGGAGCUUUGGAGCCUACCCAUACAGCUGGCGGUGGCGAUGUGGCUGCUGUACACGCAGGUCCGCUUCGCGUUCGUGGCGGGCGUGGCGCUGUGCGUGGCGAUGCUGCCCGUGAACCGAGCGCUGGCGGGGCGCAUCCAGGCGGCAAGCCUGAGCAUGAUGGGCCAUAAGGACGCGCGCGUGCGGCUGAUGGGGGAGAUGCUCCACGGCAUCCGCGUCGUCAAAGUGAUGUCACUGGAGCCCGCCUUUGUGGCGCGCAUCGGCGGCGCGCGGGAGCUGGAGCUGCAGCAGCUGGCGGUGCGGAAGUAUCUGGACGCCCUGUGCGUCUACUUCUGGGCCGCCACCCAGCUGCUCUUCUCCGCCCUCACGUUUGGCCUGAUGGCCCUCCUGGGGCAGCCCCUCAAGCCCAGCGUCGUUUUCACGAGCCUGGCACUCUUUAAUAUGCUCAUCGCCCCCCUCAAGUGCGUCCGCGCCGCGUCGUGCAGCACCGCGCCGCGCCGCGCCGCGCCGCGCGUCGCGAUUCCGUGGGUCAUCAACGGCGUGGUCGAGGCCUUCGUGUCCGUGCGCCGUCUGCAGGCGUUCCUCACGCUCCCGCAGCGCUCGGCCUCAUGGACGUCCCUCCCCGCCCCCGGCGCCGCGCACGGCCGCGGCGCCGCCGCGGCCGCGAGGCCGCCGCCUGGGCUGCCCGCCGGGCCGGCUGGGGCGGCGGCGGCGGCGACGGCUGCGCUCGAGGAUCCGGGGCGCGAGGAGGAGCGGCACGUGUUGCAGCGGGAGGGCGCCGUCGCCGUUUUCGAGAAGGCCUCCUUCGCCUGGAGCCACAACCAGCGCCCCGUGCUGAGCGACCUGACUCUUGCUCUUCCGGCGGGCCGCCUCACAGUGGUGGUGGGCCAGGUCGGCUCAGGCAAGAGCUCUCUCCUGGCCGCCCUCCUGGGGGAGGUGGAGCUGUGGUCGGGCCGCGCCCUCGUCGACAGGGCCGCCUUCAAGGGGCGCGGGGGCGCCGGCUACGUGGGGCAGGCGCCGUGGGUGGUGGGGGGCACCAUCCGCGACAACGUGUUGCUGGGGGAGCCGUACGAGCCCGGGUGGAUGCGGGAGGUGCUGCACGCAACAGCCCUCGACACAGACCUCGCUGCGCUGCCGGCCGGCGAUCUCACGCGUAUCGGGGACCGCGGCAGCACUCUGUCCGGCGGACAGCGGCAGAGGCUGGCCCUGGCGCGCGCGCUGUACCGCCGCUGCUCAGUUUACCUAUUGGAUGACGUCCUGUCAGCCGUGGACAACCACUGCGCCCAAUGGCUCAUACGCCACGUGCUACUCGGCGGCCUGAUCACCUCAGGGCGCCCGGACGGCGGCGGCGGCGGCGGGGGCGGGGGCGGGGAUGACCCGACGGUGGUGCUGGUGACAAAGUCUGCUGUGUGUAUCCAGGCCGCGGAGCAGGUGCUGGCACUGGAAAACGGCCGGCUCGCCUUCGCCGGGGACCCUCGUGACUACGCGCAAUGGAAGGGCGAGAGGACGCCGCCACCGGGCGCUGCGGCGGCAAACGGCGCCGAAAACGCGAGCGGCAGCGGCAGCGCGGGCGGCGCGGGCGAGGCGGCGACAGACGCGCGCGGCCUCGCCGCCGCCCUGGCCGGCGCCAUCGGAGAUGCGGCCACAGACACACCGGCGCCGGGCUGCAGCGCUGACGCGGAGGCCGUCACUUUGGACGACAACCUUGGACGCGCGCCGUCGUCCGCCGCCGACGAGGACGUGGAUCCGAGGGAGCUGCGGCGUGCCUCGGACGGCGAGGUGAUCUGGCAGCCGCAUGCCAGCGAGGCGCCGCAGCUCGAGUCUAUCCAGGAGGCGGGGGAGGGCGACGGCGACGGCGAUGACGCGGCGGCGGCCGAUGCAGCGGCAUCCGCGUUCGCGCCUGCCACCGGCGGCGCCGGCCAGCCGCUCGACGCGGCCGUGGCCGUGGUUUCAGCCAACGACGGGAGCAAGGCGGCAGCAGAGGGGGCUGUCGACGGAGGCGACGCAGAGGAGAAGGGGGACGGGGAGGGGCGCGAGGGCGAGGAGGAGGAGGAGGAGGAGGAGAGGGCUGCUGGCGCCGUGAAGUGGCCGGUUUACCGGGCUUACCUGGGUGCGGUGGGGUGGCCCAUGGUGGCGGCGGUCGUGCUCAGCCUGGGACUGAUGCAGGUGGGGGCGGCGCAGGGCGCUGGCGCGCGCGCGGCGCCGCAGGGUUGGGCGUCGAAAAAUGGCACCGACCUCUUCGUGGCGCACUGGAUUUCACGCGCCAACGCUGACGCGGGCGUGGCUGGGGGCGGCAGCCCCCUCCGCUUCCUGCCCUGGGGCCCGGUUGCAGCGGAACCCGGCCUGCGGGCUGCUCUUUGGAGCCCCACAGCGCCGGCUGUGGCGCCGCUUUGGCCACUCUGGAUUGAGAGCAUCGGCAGCGGCGCUUCGACUGCACUGUCGCUGGCAGACGUGCGCCGGCGUCUGCUCGGCCCCGGCCCCGGGCACGCCGCUGCCUCUGCACACGCCGACCUCUCCGAUGGCAUCAUCAUGACGUCGCACGUCCGCGACCUCCUCCCCCCCUUGGACGACUGGGCCCGCGGGUUCCUCACCGGCCUCGCCGUCCUGGCGGGCGCCAACACGCUGUUCACCCUCGCGCGCGCGUUUGCGUUUGCGGUCGCCGGCAUGGCGGCCGCGCGGCGCACGCACGACGGGCUGCUGCGCGCCGUGAUGCUGGCGCCGGCGGCGUUCUUUGACCGCCACUCGGUCGGACGGAUACUCAACAGGUUUUCGUCUGACGUGAGCACCGUGGAUGACUCCCUGCCCUUCAUACUCAACAUCCUGCUGGCCAACGCCGCCUCCCUCGCCGGCCUGCUGGCGGUGCUGGCGUACACGCAGCCGGCGCUGCUGCUGGCUAUGGCACCGCUCGCGCUGCUCUACAGGCGCCUGCAGCGCUACUACCGCGCCACCAGCCGCGAGCUGCGUCGCCUGGAGGCCGCCGCGCGGUCGCCGCUGUACGGGGCCCUGGGGGACGCCACCCACGGCGCCAUCAACAUCCGCGCCUUCCGCGCCCAGGCCGCUUUCGCCAGGGCGUUCACAGCCCUGAUGGACCCAUACCAGCGCGCCACCCUCGCUGGCGCCGCCGCCUCAUCAUGGCUGUCCCUGCGCCUCCAGCUCCUCGCCGCCGCCCUCGUCGCCGCC